AUGACAGAAGAAGUAACAUAUGCCAAUCUGAAAUUUGGAAACAGCCAUGUGCUGCAUAACAUCCCAGAGCCUGAAGAUACUAAGGAAAAAGGGCCUCCCACUUCAUCCCGCUCUUGCUGGCCAGUAGUCCUGAUUUUGUUCAUGCUUUGUCUGGCAUUGCUGAUGGCGCUGGUGACCCUGGCAGUUCUAUUUUUCCAGAUUUCCAAGGACUACAGGACACAACUUAGAGACCUCAUGACAAAGAAUGAGCUGCAUGCAAAUUUAUCAAAUAUGCUGCAAGCAAUAGGACAUCAACUGUGCCUGGAAGGGGAAAAAAACCUUCAAAAUAAUGGCCAGAACUGCACACUCUGCCCUGCAAACUGGAAGUGGGAAGGUGGUGAUACGUGUUACUACCACUCAGAGGAAGUGAAGUCAUGGAAACAGAGUGACCAGUUUUGUUCCUCAAAAAAUUCUACUCUUCUUCUGAUAAAAGACGAAGCGAAGUUGGAAUUGGUAAAAAAAUUUCCUAGAAACACAUACUGGCUUGGAUUAACAUUUAGAGCUCAAAACAGAGACUGGUAUUGGGCAGACAACACAGCUCUUACAGAACAACAAAAAUCUUGGGUAAAGCAUUUAAACUCCCAAAGCUGUGGAUAUUUUUAUUAUACUACCAUAUAUAGCAGGCAAUGUAAAGAAGAGUUUUACUAUGUCUGUGAAAAGCCCGCCAUCCAAUUACAGCGAGGUAACGAGGAGGACUGGUUUGUCAGAAUAAAAUGA